AAAACCUUCCAUCGUCAGCGGACCGACCAGGCCCCUCGCAGCCGCAACACGGUGCCGCGAGCGCUGCUGAUUCCUGCCGCAGACCCGGCAGGUGGACCGGCGGAGGUCCAACGGGAGACGGACGGCGCGGCGCACGGCCAGGAGGCCGCAUUGACGGCGCGCCCCGCAGGAAAAGUGCAGGCUGUGUGAGUGCGACAUGCGCAGCCUGCGCGUAUCAUAAACGGGCCUGUUGCUGCGUUGCUGCAACUUUGCCGUUUUUGUUUUUUUUUUUGCCGUGGAGCCCGAUAAGGUGGGGGAGGAGAGGGAGGUUAUUAUUGUCUGGAGGGGAGGAGGGUGAGGCGCACCUCCCCUCAGCCUCCGCGCUGCCUGUCAGACGAGGAAGUGCGUGUUCACGCACGCCCCGCCGCCGUCGCGCACGGUCCCGCACGGCGUCACCGACAGGUCGCCGUCUGUCGGAUGGACUGGACGAGGACCAGCUGCAGGACCACGACGAUCUCAGCAGUGUUCUAAAGCCUUGAAGGAUGGACCGGGAACUGGUUCAGCAGAGCCAACCAGAACACAGCGAGGCCACCAAUGGAACCAGCACACUGACAACCGUACCUGACUCCUCUGCCCCGAAGACCCCGACCCCGCCACGACUCACCCCCAACCCCAUGCUCCUGGACUCUCCUGCACCCACGCUAACGCCCACCACAUCCUCCCCUCCACCUCCUCUCACCCCGGCUCCUUCCAUCUCUGCCACUCCAGGCCCGAAGGCGUCACAGGCGAUGGCGGCGGUGGGUGCUCUGUCACCCCACAUUCUCAUUCCAGCUCCUCCUAAACUGACCUCUAUGGCGACCCCGGCCCUCUGCACGUACUCUCGCCCAAUUCUUCCCUCUCCGGCAGCCAUCUCUAAACCUCCCUCAUCUCCAACCACUCAGACAUCCAGCUCCUCAGCUCCUCUUCCUCCUUCCAGCCCCUCGUCUGCUGUAGUCAGCGCCUCCUCGCCGCACCUGUCCACUCCUUCUGCAACGCACAGCAACACCACCAUGCCAACAAACGCCACUCCCACCCUGGCCAACGGCAACACAAGGCCCUUGUCCACGACAAUAUCUGCGCCAAUCACGCCCUUUCACACACCAGCCAGCCCGCCUGGCAGACAGGCAUCACAGACUCAUCCUGUAGGCACACCUGGUCUUGUGCGAGCCAAUCAGAACCCCUUACCUGUCAGGCAGAGGGUGUCCCAGCAGGCAUUGCUCCUGGGAAAAGGUCUCAAAGGGUCUGGCCAAGACCAGGUGCUGCUUAGAGCCCAAAUGCUGAUUCUUACGUCUGCUAUGCGACCUGCUCCUUCCUCCUCCUCCUCCUGCUGCUCCUCCUCUUCUUGCUCCUCCCCCUCUCCCCCCUCCUCUCACGCUGCCUCCGCUCAGCUCCAGAGUCUCACCCUGAGGCCUCCGCCCCCGGGGACGCUCGCCAUCCCCCCCUCCCUUCGUCUCAAGACCCCAUCCUCAGCCCCGCCUCCCUUCUCUCGCCCUCACGCCCCCGUGUUUCCCCCCCUCAGACCGCGACCACAGCCGAACACCACGGCAACAGAGACCCUGACCACGCCUAGCCGCCACCUCUCCGUCCCGCCUCCAACUCUUUACUCUCCGGUUCGUGCGGUCCCCCUGAGACCCAGACUCCAUUCUCCAAACAGCCACAAAGCAGCAUCCCCGAGGCAAGCCUCAACCCUCCAGCCAAUCGCUGCUGCUGCCGCUGCUGGUGCUGCUGCCGGUCCGCCAGUCAGCAGGUCCAUGGCUGGACCAAAGAGCUGUGCGUUAUCCCAAAGUCUUCACAGGGCCGGCCAAUCACAGCACAGCUCCAUACCUGUGACCAACAUGCCAGUUACUUCUCAUUUCGAGCGGUCGGCAUCAGCAGCAAGGCAGCUGCAAAUCAUCGCCCUUUCAUCGGGCCGCCAAACACAACCCGGCACAUACACUCACGCUUCAGUGCAGUCCACACCUCGGACAGUGAAGUCACCUGACCUCCCCAGCCAAUCACAGAGGACUGUGAGCAGUGACGACAUGCUUCCUCUAAAAAUGGCCUCACCCCUGCCCUCCCCGCCCCCUCUUCCAAGUCCAUCCUCCCCUCCAAGUCAGGCUGGACCUCACACCCAUCUUCUGCUCCAAAAAGGAGAACUGAAGGAUGGUGAUGAGCAGCGAGUACCGGGGCGAUUAACUGGCCCGAGACAAGUGUUCGGGGACACGGAAAGUGUUGGACAAGACCUUAGGGUGGAGAGAGACGACCAAAGAAAGCAGGAAAUGGAACAGGAUGAGAAAAAGAGGUUAAAGGUCGAGAAACAAGACAUAAGCAUCUGUAAGACGGAGCAAAAAGUCAAAACCGGUCGUGAGGAUGAACCGAUGGAAGUGACAGAGGAAGGCCAUAGUGAAGGAGAAAGGGUGGAAGGAGAGGAGAGGAGGAUGGAAGAGGAAGGAGGGACUACUAUGGACAAGUCUGAGAACCCAGCCAGUCAUGUUUUACACCAGUAUCACAAAUUGGAUCCUAACCCAAUACCUGAUUCAAUCCAAGACUCAAGCACAGAACCAAAGCAUGACGUUGAUCUUGUAUCAGCUCCAAUUCCAGUCCAGACCGUGACUGUAGCUCCAGUUCCAAUCCCACCUUCAGUUCCAGAGGCAUCUGUCCAGAGUCAGAGGCUGCCAGAGUCCCAUCGGGACCUCCAGUCCAUCAACCAGGAGGACUUCUGUGAGAACAUGUCAACCCAGUCUGACAAUCAGUCAGCGCUGUCGAGCCUCUCCUCUCAGUCUCCGCCGUCCUCGCCCUUUGUCGCUCCAUCAGUAGAUAAUCCUCCACCACUCUUCUCCACUCAGACAACUUCCCCGGCUGACCUGCGUCUGAUAAAUCACGAGCCCCAAAAUGAUCACAAAACUGUCGGCCAAUCACAUCACCUGUCCGAGACUGAGAACGAGCACCUCGGCCAAUCGGAAGAUGAGUCACAGAGCUUCAACCAACCGCUGACAAGCCCCUGGGAGCCAAGGGCGUGGCCUGAGGGACGGCAGGUUCUGACUCACCUGGUGGAGGGUUUUGUGAUCCAGGAGGGGCUCCAGCCGUUCCCAGUGAAUCGCUCGUCUCUACUGGUUCCAGAUCAGGUGACCAAACCACCCGAAGUGAACGGGACCAAUGGGAAAGCGGUGCUGCCGGAGCCAAGGAAGUUGAAAGAGACGCAACGCUCCACCGAUUCAGACGAGGACGGAGGGGACACAGAUGACCUCGGUUCUAGGUCGAGCCACAGAGACAGGGCCGUGCUGCACUGUCAGUUCUGCGGGAAAAGAGGCCAUGCCCACAACUUCAUGCGCUCCAAACGCUUCUGCUCCACAUCGUGUGCACGAGGGUUUAAUGUUCGUCUGACGAAGCGUUUGCGAGCUUUGAGCGCAGGCAGUCGGACAGAGAGGCCCCGCCCCUCUCUGAACAGGGCGGAGGUGGUGCCUGGGAAGCCACUCCUACUGCGCCUGCCUCGCGACCUCUGGAGCGCCGGGCGGCGUGAGAAGGAGGGAAAAGAAAAGCGAGGGGAGGAGGAGGAGGGAGGGGUGGAGGAAUACGAUGACAGGGGAGAUGGAGAAGAAGAAGAUCCUGCUGUUGCCGUGACAGCCAGGAUGGAGCGGCGGGUGGCACGGCGAGCGAGGAGGGCGUCUGCGCCGGCCCUGACCACGUCGAUGCCCACCACGACCUUCAAGCCCGCCCCCUCUCAGUGGAGUGUGGAGGAAGUCACCACCUUCAUACACAUGCUUCCAGGCUGCGGCGACGUGGCGGAGAACUUCCGCCUGCAGGAGAUCGACGGUCAGGCGCUGCUGCUGCUGACCGAGGAUCAUCUGAUGACCAGCAUGAACAUCAAACUGGGACCAGCUCUGAAGAUCUGUGCCCACAUCAAUGCCCUGAAAAACCAAUGAGAGCGAAGAGGCGGGGCCUAACGAGGGAGGAGCUAUCGCUGCAAUAAGAAGCUCUUAAAAGGAGAAAAUCUGAGGCUGAAGAGGAACAAAAUGACAAAAAGAAAUAAUAUAUGAGAUUAUAAAUGGAGGUGGGGCUUUCAGCCCUUUGAGGUCAUGUGUAACAGGAAGUGGGCGGCGUUUUUGUAACUAUUUUAUUUGCAGGUGGAGUGUAAAUUUGAAGCCAUUUCAUGAAGGAUUUUGAACAUUUAAUAUAUACAUUUUUUUUUCCAGAAUGUGACAUCGGUGACAAAUCUACCCCGUAGCUAAUAUAACCGGUGUGUGUAAUAAUAACAAUAAUAAUAACAAUAAUAAUAAUAAUAUCUGGACUUUGUAAGUGAUUAAUGAAAGCUUAAUGUUUCUUAUCACAAUAUUCUGGACAAAAUCAUGUCUGUGGAAAAAAAGUCACUAAUCAUCACAUUUUAUGGUAUCCUGCUUGAAAUUAUUUAAUAAAUGAAUAAUUAAAUCA